AACGCGUGGGUGGAAUCAAUACAAAAGCACAAUAGUGUAGCAGUGCAAAACAGUUUCGUCUGGCAGUUGAAGAAAAGAAGAGAGAGAAGGAAAAGCGGUCAUGGCUGGCUCUUUAUGGAUCAUAGCUGGCUCGGUUCUGCUUUUAUUAAUGUCUUCAUUUGCUGUCGGACAAGAGGGACAGGAUCAGAGGCUGCUAAUAAGCGAUGAUGAUGAAGUUCCACAGAAUCCCCUCAGUCUGAUAUUUGUUAAAGAAUCCUCUGAGCUCACCAUUAGAUUUGGUCUCUCCUUCCUUGAGGAGCUGAGGCUUCUAAAGGAUUCCUGCAUGAGUCGUGCUGCCCAAAUGGAAGGAAACUUUAAAGACGCAUUGAUUCAAUUGAGAGAGUACCAGUACCAGACCGAAGAGAUACUAGAGUCAUCCGGAAUGAGUACUGGAAUGAGUGAAGAACAGAAACAGUAUCUGAGAGAAAGACUCAACAACUCUUUGAAUGAGCUACUGGACCAGCAGGAUAAAGCAAGAAAGGCUCUUACAAAUAACUGCAGCAGAGAGUACCAGAGAAUAAUAAAUGAAAGGAUGAGGUCUGUCUUAGGCUAUGCUAACUCCAUGCUGUUGGACGGAGGAGUGGAAACAUACAAUCAGCUAUUGAAUGGGAUCAGGGCGUAUGGACAUGAGCUACAGACUGCACUGAGCGAUUGCAUUGACCUGUACACGCCUUACUUUAGGAGGCAUAAUAAUAUGAGAGGAGGAACCACGGACACACUGUGCAUGAUCACUGAAGUACAGACACUAAUUGAAUUCAUUAGAAACUUCCUAAUACGAGCCAAUGAAUUACUAGACACUGGCAAUAACAGCAACAGUGUCUCUCCUACACUGACAGAUAUUCAACAUGAGUCUACUCUCUCUCCGUCUCCCACUCCAACAGAUAAUAAUAAUAAUAAUAAUAAUCAUCAUCAUCACGGGCACCACGGAAACCAUCACCACGGUCACCAUCACCACGGUCACCAUCACCACGGUAAUCAUCAUCACGGUAACAAGCACAACGAAAGUGAUCACCACGGCGAUCAUCACCAUGGAAACAGUCAUCAUCACCACCACCAUCAUGGCGGACAUCAUCAUGGUGGACAUCACCAUGGUGACAAUCACCACGGCAACAAUCAUACUAUUGGUCAGCUCCACCCUACCCCCAGUACCCAUUCAAGACCAAAUCCUACUAAUGUACACCACAGACCAAGCUCGUCUGAUCUGCCCCGCCCACACCAGCCAUCCAACAAGCCACACCCACACCAGCCGUCCAAUAAACCAUACUCACACCAGCCAUCCAACAAGCCACACUCACAGGAGGAGUCUCACAGGCCCCACCCUACAGCUCAUAUUAAUGUCAUUGUUCAGGUUGAGCCAAGUGCUACUAGGACUAUCAUUGUUGAUCCAACAGAGCAAGGAUUGAGUGAUCAUCAUGAUCUACCAACUAUACUGAUAUAUGCUGGAGUCCUCUCUGGUCUCUUCAUAGUCUCUGUACUAAUAAUUGGAGGAGCUUUGCUCUGUGUACGCUAUCAUGGGAACAAGAGGAAAAGUGGCUGGAAGCAUCUCUCAGAAGAAGAGAAAGUGUCUCAAAUGAAAUCCUCAGGAUACGUUAAUCCGACUUACAAGUUCUUUGAUCAAGUUACUCAGUAAAUGUACUGCUAUUAUCAUUAUUGUUAUUAUUAUUAUAAUAUUAUUAUUAUUAUUGAUUAUUAUUACUGUUAAUUGUCUAUAUAUAAUCAGUUGAGGACUUGUUUAAUAUUAUUGCUAUUGAUCUGUUGAUCAUUAUGACUUGAUAUUUUGCAUUA